AUGCCUGUUUCAACGUUCUCCUCAGGCAACGCGGAGAUACGAAGUGGGCAUGGCGCAAUGAUCGCGAGAUGGAACAGUACGAGGGAGAGGAUACAGGAGGAUGAGCGGAAGAUGAGCGUCAGCGAGAUCAAUGAGAUGGAUGGCUCGGGGCUGCACAACCAGCCUGACUGGCCGCUGAGGAACUUGCCUGAGCGGAGUGUCAGCCCUGAGCCGGUACAGCGUGGUGAUGUUGACGAAGCGGCGGUUGUGCGGAGAGGUAAGGAUGUUAUGAGCUCUAGUCCUGAUCCUGGCUGGAAGGACGGCGAGGUUAGUGACCUUGACGAAGACGACCUCGAGGUGGGGGAUGCGCGAGCAGAACCAACGCUCGGCCCGGAUGCGAGACGGCAACUACAAGCUCACUUGACUGCACCACUCAAGUAUCAGGCUGCAGCGUCUCCGGUAGGCUUGGACAGAGAAAGACCGCCGCAUGCUUUGUUGGGUGGCGCAACGCACUCAGCACUAGGAAAAGGAAAGGUCCGCUCCCUGCAGCCAACACCAGCAACACCGCCGGAUGUGUCACCAUUCUUGCAACAGAGCUGGCAAUCACCUCCCACACAAUCAGCGCACUCCAACGGCCAUCACUUAUUCGAGGAAGCCGCACACGGUGCGGAUCCAUUUGUCCAACCUUGGGCACAUCAGACCACAGCAGACGAUGGCGACGAUGAGGAAGACGAAGAGGAUGAUGAAUUCGAAGAUGAGGCCCGCGAUAUGGCAACUCCCAUAGCACUAGCAGAGACUACAUCACCACAAACGCUCAGCCCAGCCAUUGCAAGCCCUUCUUCAUCACGCUUGUCGACACACCAGACCACACAGAUACCCAGUCACAAGGAUAGAGUGCGGUAUAGCUGGCAGUCACUUCAAGACGACGAGCCUAACAGGCCGCGAAUUCACAUCAUCAAGCUGGUGUCAGAAGUGGCGACAGCAUCGGCAGGCUUUCCAGGCGGAGAAGCAUUUGGCUUCAGUAUCUCACCGGGAGGUAGGCGGAUAGCAGCGUACAACAGCGCGCGGUUGUAUGUCUUACAGACUGCGGCUCUGCCUGUUGGCAUCAGCCAGGACUACGCGCUCAAGCGGCGGCCGCUUGCGGUCGAGAUCGUCGACGAGGGCAAUGCCAUGGCGAUACUCGCAGAUGAGCACACGAUCAACAUCUACGACCUCGGCCAUCAGCGCCUGAGACGGACGAAGACAAUCAAGACAGACUUUCCGACCAACUGCAUCGCGCUUGCGCCUACUGGAGGUCUCCUAGCAGCGGCUUAUGAGGGCGGCGUGGAGAUCUUCAGCUUAGACCCGGGUGCCCUGCCUACGGAUCGAAGAGCGGUACGCAGCCAGAAGAUGGAUCGCUUAACCUUCUCGGAAGACGGGUCGACUCUGCUCGGAACGACUACGCGUAUCAACGUUAGCUCCACGGUUGUGGUGUCUGUGCCAGUCUUUCCAGCUGCGCCUAACGGCAUCCCGACACACGAGGAGCUCAGAGAGGCAUGGUGUGCGGACCUGCUACAUCCCGAGAAUAUCCGCAAUAGCAGCCACGCGAUGUUCAUGCGCGAAAACCGUCAGAACUGCAACGACCGCGUGUUCGCCUGGAACGGCUUGGCAGACACCUUCGGCAUCCUCAACAUUGGCGAUAUGCAGUAUGGCAACAUCGACUUUCCGGUUGUGAUUUCGCCUCCUCUCUCUACUUGCGGUGGUCUCGGCGCAGCCAUACACAGCUGUCCAGCCAUUGAUGAGUAUGGUGAUACCAUCGCAAUGAUCGUCAAUGACCGCACAAUCCGACUGUACAUUGUGCCGCACAAAGUCGGAGACGAUGAGACUACGGUUGAGGCGCACUCCAUCGAUCACGAGCUGGAUGAAGGCUACGGCUGUCCGUUCAGUGAGGCCCGUUGGGUGUACAGUACGGCGAACUUGCCUGCACCACGCAUGCAUCAGAACGGAGUACAAGGCAGGCUUAUCGUCACUAGCCCCGGCGGUGUGGUGGAGCAAGAAAUGGGCGAGGAAAUGGUUGACGAUAUUGAAGGUGGCCGCAUCAUUCUGUUUGAUUUUGAUCCGCAGUUUGCAGGUCAGCCAGGUCAGACCUUCAGUCUGACGCUUGGCAAGAGCCAACCCCAGAUGCUCGAAGAGGAACAGGUAGACGUCGCAGAUGCUGUCGCGCUGGUGAGGCGUCGCACGGUCAACCAAACUAAGAGCGGCGGACUGAGUCAGAGGCCUGUCACCCUAGGCAGGGCAGCAACGACCUUUGGCGGUGGCAACAGGGUGCCAAUGCGCAGUCCAAGUUCUGGUUUUACGUCGCGUGGCUCGAACCGCAAUAGUCUACUUAGCAUCGGGUCCGUGCAGUCGGAGGCGUCGAGGUCGCUGCCACAUCUAGCGGAGGGCAACGAAAACGGCGAGGUCUUCGAGGAGCCAUAUGCGCAGAAUGCACCCAGAAGCCGCGCGAGCAUGCAACGUGCAGCAUCGAAUGCGCAGCGUCAUCGCUACCAGACGCUGGAGGAGCGCAAUCAAGAGCGCGUCAGUGUCGACUCGAGCGGUAACUUUCUGCCGUUGCCGGAGUAUACUGAAGAACCGAACGCGCCUCUACCCAGUCGUUUCAGAGCUAUGGCUGGCCUAGACGCCCCUCUGCAGGCCCCGUCUAAGCCAUCGAUCGUCACGAGUGCGAACGGCAGCACACCGAGUUCGGCAUCGACUUUGCCACUCACUGCGCCGGCGGCUAUUGCAGAGAACUUCAGCGCGGAAGAAGCUUUCAGAACGGCGGCAGCCACGUAUGCGGUGGCUUCGCAGCGUCGUCAAGAUGCAAUUCCUGCGACAAUGCGGAAUCCUAGCGCCACCAUGCCAGCGAGGAGCGAGACGUUUAACUCUAUCAACUCGAUGCCUCGCUCAUUGCAAAGAGCCUACAGCAACGCGAUCUCACCACUCGGCAGUGGUCCAGCACCGACGGCAGUGCCAGAGAACGUACCAUGGGAUGCGAUCAUGCCGGCCGUGCCUCGUCCGCCUCCGCCAUCGACUCCGUUCAGUCGCGCCCAGCAUGCCUCUGGCAACCCCUACCGCUACUCUACCUCUCUCCUCAACCCACCGGGUCAUGGUCCCAUUCCCAACCGGGCACCGAGCACGUCAUCUUCCAUGGCUACAUCAAGCAUAAGUCCCUCUCCUCCGCCAGGUUCAGCUGGUGGUGUAAGCACUGCACGACGCUUGCCGCCACAUAUGGAGGCUUUCCGAACAGCCGCGGCGUCAGCAUCCCUCUUCCCUCCUACGCAGUCAGCCGACCACGUGCCACUCCGAGCACCGCCUGAGAAGGUAGGCUCGGUGGCUCAUCCAAUCACGGCCUGGCAUCCUCCGGCUGCUAGUGCAACCGGCCUGCAACCACCCGGGAGUGCUCGUGGGCAUAGCAGGAAGAGCAGCCUCUCCAACAAGACAGCAUUUGCGAGCACGGAUCGGGCGAAGAAGCUAGGCUUUUUCAAGCGCAAGAAGUCGAUGAACCUAAUGCCCGGCGGUUAUCCGGACGAUCAGAUGAACGGGGGCGGCAACGAGAGUCUGUUGGAAACGAAGAGUAUGGCCACCUGGAGGAGUCGAGGAGAUGGCAAGUGCAUCGUUAUGUAA